CAAAGAGACACUCAGAGAAUCCAGGUUUUCACAAUUCCAAAUGUUCAACAACAAGGAGAAAGGACCAAGUGAGCAAGUAAAAAAUCUCCAGAUGUCGUUGAAACCAGAGAAAAAGUGCUGUUGAGCUUCAAAGAAGCGUUCCUUGUUCAGGAUGUGUGUUGGGUUUUCUCGGUAAGACACAACGUGGUUGCAUCAUUUCUAUCAGGGCUGUUGAGAGGUUCACAAACUCCUCUACCAAAGGCAUCGUGCAUCUCAGCAACCGAGCGGACACCAAUGGAUAAUUAUGACGGCUUGGUAAAUUUUUUUUCAAAUGACUCCAAUGACACGGGAUACCCAAAAGUUAUAGAUGAAAAUGUUGUUUUAUGCAAGAAAAGCGAUGUGGUUCAGUUCGGCGCAGCAUUUCUCCCAGCUUUCUACUAUGCUAACUUCUUAGUGAGCUUGGUUGGAAAUGGAUUGGUGCUGUGUAUCAUCUACAAGUAUGAGAAGCUCAGCACGGUUACCAACAUAUUCUUGCUCAACCUCGUCAUUUCGGAUCUCAUCUUCGCCUCCAGCCUCCCUUUCUGGGCAGUCUACCAUAAAUCUGAAUGGAUCUUUGGCAGGGGGCUUUGCAAACUGGUGGGAAGCUGUUAUUCCAUCGGCUUCAACAGCUCUAUACUUUUCCUCACCCUCAUGAGCUUUGACCGGUACCUCGCUGUGGUCCAUGCCAUCACGGCGGCCCAGCUCAGAAGACCGGCUUAUGCAUUCAUGUCGUCCAUCAUCAUUUGGGUGUUCAGUAUUUUGGCUAGUAUAAAGGAUAUCGUUUUGCACGACGUGAUGGACGGCGGGGAAGGUUUGCUAUGCGAAAUGACCGGUUACCACCAGAAAUUCCUCACAAAAUGGGAACUCUUUGGUUAUUAUCAGCAGUUUUUCCUUUUUUUCUUGGUGCCUCUGGCAAUCGUCUUGUACUGUUACACACGCAUAACCAUCAGGAUCAUGUUCACUCGCAUGAGGGAGAAAUGCAGGGCGGUCAAGCUCAUCUUUGUCAUUGUCUUCACCUUCUUCAUCUGCUGGACACCUUACAACAUCGUCAUCCUGUUGAAAGCCAUCAAGACGUCCUUUGGAGAUCAGAACGAUUGCUCAAACACCCUCGACUAUGCACUGUACGUGACGCGAAACUUUGCCUACCUGUAUUGCUGCAUCAGCCCUGUCUUCUAUACGUUUUUGGGGAAGAAGUUUCAAAACCAUUUUCUGACGCUUUUGUCCAAGCGUAUACCGUGUCUGAAGAUCGAUGUUGCUAGGCUGUCAACAACAAGUAAAACCACAUCAAUUCGGAGCCCAAACACUGACUACUGAGCGUUUAUGUGACUAAGAAGACACUUGUGGUUUGUAUGUGUGGUUUGUCAGGAGCACAUAAAAAUUCAAAAUGUAAUGUUUGUUUUGAGCUUAUGUUCAAUAAUUUCUCAUUCAAUGCAUAUAUGCAUUGAUCAAUAGAGUCAUAUUUUACUGUCCAUUUAAUGUAAAUAUGUAAAUUUUCAUUUCAAAUAUCCUUUUGAUUAUAUCAAAAGCAGAAAAAAAAGUAAAGUAAAAAUAAAUAAAAAAAAUAAUUUUUAGCUUCUAUGGUAAAACAUUGUCUUUGUGCAACUCUAGUUCUAAUCUAUGGGUUCCUUAAAUCUCUCCUUACUUAUGUAAUUUUUUGUUUUGUGUAAAAUAUAUUGUUGUAAAGACUUCUAUAUGUAGGUUGCAGUUUUUUUUUUUAGUGCUAUUAAUUGCUGGUGUGUUUUGCUAAAAAAAAAUGUAUAUAUAUUAGUGACGGGAAGAUUCUUUAUACCAUCUUUUCUCUCUAUUUGUUGACUUCUUUGAACAUUGUAAAAUUCACACGUUUGCCCCUUUUAAAGGUUUCUGAAAUUAGUAAACGUCCUGUCGUUUAACACCUAAAUACAUCCUGUUCACCAGAUUAUUAUGAUUCAUCAGUUCUUAAUUUUGAGCAUGAACUCACUGUCUGCAUUACAUUCUUUUGGUUC